GCUCAUUCCUUAAACAUCAAAAAGUCCACUUUUCUCAGUUACAAUUUAGCCUUCUGCCAUUCCAGACGGACUGCAUCUGGAAUUCGAAUUCUUAUAUUCGGCUCUUUUUUGUAAAACUUACGCAUUCUACGCACACCAACCAGUCCUCCUCCUUCUUCGGCUCAAGAUCAAGCACGUUAUUCAAUUCAUCUCACUUCUUCUUUCACACACAAAGGAGGAAGGAAGGAAAGGUGUGCUUGAGUUGAGAUGUGAUUAGAAAUGUUGUAGCGGACGUUAUUAUUUAAGCAUUUGCACGUUAAGUUAAUAGGUAUUUGUGGGUGAAAAGUAAAGGAAUUAGAAUAUAGACCAAGAAAACAAUUAUCAUCGCCACAAAAAGAGGAGCUCAAAGAGAGGUUGGUAAAGCUGCUUCUGGUUUGUGCAAAGUGGUUACGUUAAUACGAAGCAGGAUAUUUUAUUAGCUUCUUGAGAACCAGAACUUUUUUCUAACGAGACAAACUCUAUACAAAUUCCGACCCAGCCAUCUCUCUCGUCGGCUUUGAUGAUACAUAUUUCGUCGUCGUGGACGUCGUCGUUUCCUUCCUCUCCACUUUUCAUUCACUCACAUUGCUGCCUUCCUACGACACAAUUAUCGCUAAUAUUUUUGCAAUAUAUAAAUGUUGUGGCAUUCCUUUAAAGGGGAUUAAUUUCCCUGUAUGCUUAUUAGUCCUGGUUGUGUGGGAAGAAGGCCAAAUAAACUAAACUGGGUGCCUGUUUAUUAGUGAAUGUGUGCAAUACGGAAAAUAAAUAGGUGUGGUGAUACAGUAAUUUGAAUAUAUUUGCUCAAUUGGUUGGUGUGAAGCUCAAAUAAUAUCAUCAUCACCACUUGUUGAAAUAAUCUGCCUGCCUUAAUAAAUAAACAAACUGUACUCUGCACAAUCGAUAAAGACUUCAACAGAGGAGUAGUGGAGGUUAUACUUAUUAGAGUUGCAUGACGGACGAUGAUUGCGAAUUGGUUGGCAGUAAUAUUACAUUAAUUCAGUGAACGACGAACGAAAGGCAGCAAGAAAAUCAAUACUUUUGUUGUGCGAAUCGAUAUUAUUAUUGUUGCUGAAAGUUGCUUGCCUUCUUCUUCUUCACAUAACAUAACAUAACAUAAUCGGCGAUUGGAUUGGCAAAAGUUGGUAGUUGGCAAAAGUAGUGAAAAAACAAGAAGUGAAUGAAACGAAACGGUCGUCGUUUAUGUUGCUGAGGAAUUUGCGGUUGGUUUUUAUUAGAGUUUAGUAUCUUCAUCUUGUGUGAAAGUGCUUCUUGCCUGGCUGGCUGAUCAACUGCUAAAUUAUUUACGAAAGAAGAGAAGAUUCCUCCGGUCGUGGAGGAGAAGGGUAUUAAUUCUGAAAUAAUAAUGUGAUGGUGUUGGGAAAGAUGGAAAAAAGUUCAAAAAGAGGACCCUUCUUCCUCCCAGUUGGUCUUGAGGAAUAGUUGGAACAUUUCAGGAGAUAGUCUUGGAUUGGAGGACGAUAAAAAAUGACCUCCUCUGGAUUUAAAGAAAUGGCGAAUCGUGGCCGGAAAAGUAAUAUUACACAAUUCACAAAGGACAUUCAUCUAAGCUGUAUGCCAGCUCGGGAUAAGAAGUUGUCAGCUUCGGUGGACUCAUUGGAUACACAUGACAGUCGCAGACGAGAUGGAGGAGGGUCACAAGAUUCUGACUUUGAGUGGAGAUCAACACCGGAUGUUAUGAGCUUUAAGCAAAGCAUAAAUUUCGAGUGUAGCAACGCCAUCCCGAUUAAUUUUUCAGAGGCGUGGUCAUACUUUCAAACUUGUGACCUUUCAACGUACAGGCAACAAAGAAUAGAGGACAGAAGACCUUCGAAUGGGAAAUUGAGGUGUAAAUUGCAAAAUCUUGUGGUUGGAGCGAUACCUCUCGUCUCUGCCCUGAUACCGGAGAGAGAUCUAAUUUUCUCUAUAACAUCAUGUCCUAUGAUCAAUGAGAGCAGUGUCCAUCGCAGAGUCCUUCAAAGUAUCUAUGUCUUUAUGACCAAGAAACCUGCUUGUCCACGGUAUGGAAAUCAUUGGGAGGAGAUUGGAUUUCAGGGUCAAGAUCCAGCAAGCGAUUUGAGAGGGGUCGGAAUGUUCGGAGCUUUACAAAUGUUGUACCUUAGUUCAUCUCAAGAGACGAAGGAGACCCUUGCCCCAGAAAUAUUUGAGCUUUCUCGACACCCAAUCCACCAAUUCCCUCUGGCCGUGCUGAGUCUGAACGUGACCAAGAUGACGUUGGACGCCUUCCGGGAUGGUCUGCUCAACAGGUUCUGUCACAAGGAGGGGAGUGCAAUUUUCGUCGUGAACCAAUUCUAUUUGGCAAUUAUGUAUCGAAUUUAUCGGAAAUGGAAGGACAAGAGGAUGACGAUCCACGACUCUUGUUACUUACUGAAAGCUGUUGAAAAGUGGUGCAGAACUCACCCAAAGAAAACAUUUGAGCGACUUUACGAGUACAUAAGUCAAUUUGGAAUAGUCGUUUCUCAGCAUCAACGAAGAAAAGGGAAAAAGAAGAAAAUUCAAGAGUCUCACGAUGAGACCAACUUAUCAUGGCUCGACCUUACCAAACCAUCGUUAGAAGUAUUCAUAUGAAAAUUAUUGUACUCAUAACCUAACAACCAGUACACAAGAACCUACCGAAGUCUAGCACGUCAUCAUCAAAAUUUCUCGGUUUAUUUAUUUAUAUAGUGAGAUGAAAUAUUUUAAAUUAGAUUUAAGCCAAGAAUUUUCUCAAUCCCGAGUGUUACAUCAUAUAUACAACCCAGAUCUCAGUAAUUUUGCUCACAAUAAUUAAACACGAUCUAAAUAUCAUGUAGUAAGCAGUAGUAACAAAGUUAAAAAAACACUUCACACGCCUCAUCUUUUUUUUUCUUUUCGAUAUUUUGGAUGAAAUGUCCCCAUAUUUUUAUUCAACUUGAAAAGGUAUAUUUAAGAAUAAUCAUAAUUUGCUCUUUAAAAAAGCAACAUCAUAAUUAAAUCCAUGCUAGAGGAAAGUCGGAAAGUAGUAAUUAUUACAACCAUUUUUAAAUACAUGAACGACACCAAUCGAAUGUCUGAAGUGUCAACCUUGUGAUCAAUUUGUGAUAGAAAAAUAUUAGUGACUUUUGUCCACAAUUAUUUUAUUGGCAUAUUUUGACUACUUAAUAUAAUAAUUGCACAUGCUACCUGCGUUAUGCAAUCAUAUUUAUAGGAAUGGGUAACAUAAUUAGAUCCCAGAGGCUUUUUUUAAAAAAUGAAAAUUAUCCAAUGUUCAAAACUAUGUAUAAUCACAUACAAAAACUUCUUGUUAUAUUUUUAGAGUUUACAUGUUUAAUUCAAUUUAUAAUGGAAUGGAUGUACUUUCAAAUUGGAUUUCUCUUAAUUUUAUUGCCUUUCUUAAAUUUUAAUUUGUACCAUUGUUCUUAGCUACUAUUCAAUUAUUACAUAAUACACAUUGAUACAUGAAUGAUUACGCUUAUUCCCCUAAUUGUUCCUAGACAUUUAAUAAUGGUUAUAAAUUUAUGUGAAAAACAAAUAAACUUUUACGUUGCGAAUUGAAAAAGAA